AUGGAGGAGGAACCUAUGGUUGCGGCAAGCAGUGAGAAUAAUAUGACGGUGAACAUGACUCAUUUUGAUCAGACUUGGGAGAGUUUGAUGAAUCAGUUGUUGAGAAAAGCUUCUACAAGUAAGUUUGCGACUGGAGAAGCAAAUUUGACAAACUUUGUGAAGAUAUAUGCACUCAUGCAGUGUACUCCUGAUAUUUCACAGACUGAUUGUGGCACUUGUCUACUCCAAUCUGUAGCCUACUAUGAGGCUCACUACCAUGGCAAGGCAGGUUGCUUUGUUAUGAAACGUAGCUGUAUGUAUAUCUGGGAUUUGAAUCAUUUCUAUAAUGCCCCUCUUGAUGCUCCUUCACCAUCAGUUCCCCUUCCACAGCCAAAAAUCUCGAAAGGCAGAGGAGGCAUUACAUCUAGAACUGUUAUGAUAAUUGUUUCUUCUAUAGUAGUUAUCUUUGUUAUAACACUUGUUGCCUUCACUUGUGUCCUUUUACGAAGGAGGAAGACAAAGCAGGAGACAGAAGAUGGUGAUGAAAUUGACGAUGUGGAGUCCUUGCAAUUCGACUUCAGCACAAUCAGAGCUGCAACAAAUGACUUCUCAAAUGAUAAUAAGCUGGGACAGGGUGGAUUUGGCAGUGUGUACAAGGGUACACUUCAUAAUGGACAGAUGAUAGCUUGUAAGAGGCUAUCAAGAAGCUCAGAUCAAGGAUCAGAAGAAUUUAGGAAUGAGGUUGUAUUGGUAGCCAAGCUUCAACACAGAAAUUUAGUGAAGUUAUUGGGAUUUUGUGCAGAGAAGAGACUUGUCUAUGAAUUUGUGCCCAACAAAAGCCUUAACUACUUCCUUUUUGAUCUUGAAAAACAAGGGCAAUUGGAUUGGUUGAUGCGUUGCAGGAUUAUAGGAGGAAUUGCUCAAGGACUCCUAUAUUUACAUGAGGAUUCUAGACUUAGAAUCAUACAUCGUGAUCUCAAAGCUAGUAACAUUUUGUUGGAUGAAGACAUGAACCCAAAGAUAAUAGAUUUUGGCAUAGCGAGGAUUUGUGGGAUGGAUCAAAGUCAAGGAAAUACAAGCAGAAUUGUUGGCACAUAUGGUUAUAUGCCCCCAGAAUAUGCAUUACACGGACACUUUUCGGUAAAGUUUGAUGUGUACAGCUACGGAGUUUUAAUACUGGAGAUCAUAAGCGGCAAAAAAAAUAGUUCUUUCUACGAAGACCUCUUGAGCUAUGCAUGGAGAAAUUGGAUUGAAGGUAACACUGUGAAUCUAAUAGAUCCCAAUUUGAGGGUUGGCUCCAAUAGAGAUAUGAUGAGAUGUAUUCACAUUGGGUUGCUUUGUGUUCAAGAAAAUGUAGCCGAUAGACCUACAAUGGCUUCAGUAGUUCUCAUGCUCACUGGUGGACUCCUUUCUCUCCCAACGCCAUCAAAACCUGCAUUUUUUAUGCACUCCAGCACAAAGACACAUAAUUAGAAUCACCAACAUUGCAUCUAUCAAAAAUUAGGUCAGUUUUCAUUGAAUGAGACUUCAAUUACUGAGCUUGAACCUCGAUAAUGCCUGAAGAUUAAUUUUGUAUCUUUAAGCUAGCAUAUAU